AUGGAUGGAGACACGGAGUAUGGCAAAGUUGAAGAUGUUGUGGGCUGCCACGUUGAAGAUGCUGUAACAUUUUGGGCACAGAAUGUCAGUAGAUGUGAUGACCUCUUGAAAUUAAGUUGUGUGCUGGCAGAAGCGUGUCCUCGGGCUAAUGCAGUUUUUGGCAAACCUGAUUUUACUAAGAUUUAUGGUGGCUGUUUUUCUGAAGAUAAAUGUUGGUACAGAUGUAUGGUACAGCAGGUGAUCAACAAUGAAAAGUGUCAGGUAUUGUACAUUGACUAUGGAAAUUCUGAGGUUCUGAAUAGAUCAGACAUAGUUGAAAUUCCAUCAAACUUGCAAUGUCCGAGUGUUGCCAAGAAGUACAGACUCUGGGGACUGCAGAUACCAACUGAUCAGAACUUAAAUAUGUUUGACCAGGGGAAGAAGUUCUUGAGCAGCCUAGUUUUUGAAAAAGAAAUAAAAAUACGUCACAAAGCCAAGCACGAAGAUGGUACCAUUAUUGCCCAGGCAGAGUAUGAAAAAACAGAUAUUGGAGAAGAGGUGGCCAAGGCAGGGUUUGCUGAAAAAUGCACAUCUCCAGGAAACACUAAAGAUGUGGAAGGGAGAAAAGUAGAUGUCACGCAAAACCAACAUCGGAAGAUAAAAGUUUCAGUUCCACUGUGGGUAAACAGAUCUGAUCGUGCACUGUACAGCAUCCCGAGAGGGCGCUUGGACCAAGUAGCUGCCAGUGCGAGGAAUCAGAAUUUUACUGGAAGCCGUAUGUUUGCCCCAAAGGAAAAAAUACUAGCUUCUACCUCAGUGCCAGACACCAGUUUGGCACAAGUAAGACCAGAUCAGAAGCUGUCCGAAGAGAAAGAAGUUCUCAGAAGAGAGAACGUAAAUCUUUUGCAGAGGCAGAAGGAACUAGAACUGAAGGUUCAACAGCUGAAACGUGAACUUCAGGUUUUGAAUAGAGAGAAGCAAGCAUCCAGGAAAACUGCUGAAAGUUUUGAGGAAACGCUACGUACGUACUUCGGAACGAAAAUGGGAAGUUUGGCUGCUAAGGUGAAGGCAUUGAAAGAAGUUAGGCACACAAAUAAGACCAGUUGUUUUGGGGAGCAGCUGUCACAAGCCAUAAAAGUAGUCACAGAAGGAUGUCUUGCUAUUCCGUGUUCCUUGGAAAAAUUGCAGAAGAUUUGGACAGAGUAUGACUUGGCUCAACAGAGGAUUCAGUUAUGCAGAAAUAUGGAUGAAAGAGAUGAAUUGAUUACCAAGAGAGAUGAGGUGCAGCAGAACUUGUAUUCGGCAGUGGAAGAAUUAAUUUGGGAAGUGGAUCAGCUGCCCCUCUCUGAGCGCUCAAGAACGUUACAGGAACUGUCUGCUUCUCUGGAGAUGGUGUAUGGUCAAGGUUCUGGAGCAGAUGACUCUGAGGAGGUAUUUCAACAGUUCUUUAAAUGGAAGAGUGUUAAAACAAAGAAAUUAAUUUGCGUCAGAAAUGAUACGGAUACAGCUCUGCAAAUUCUUGCUGACUGGUUCAGUGGCAUCUUAAAGUGUUUUGACCUGAUGUCAGAAGCAUCUUCAGAUUUGGAGAAAGUGUUUGGCAAUGCAGAUGAAAUUCUCAAAAAGGUUGAGUUGGCUAUUUGCGAAGAACUGGAUACUGACUUAAAUGAGCAUGAUGAAGCAGAGAAGGGAAUAAUUAUGAGUGCUUACAGUAAAGUUAUACAAAAAGUUUGUCAGGAGCAAAGUAUGAUCACUGUAAUACAGAACAGAUACUUGGCCAGUGUUGAGUUCAAGAAACAUGCUGAGGAAUGGCUGAAUAGAAGACCUGAUAUUAACAACUUAUUAUCAAUUCAGAAAACUGUGAAAAGCUUAAAGGCCCAGUUAAGGUGGAAGCUGGUUGAAAAGAACAACUUUGAGGAAUCUGAUGAUUACAGUGAGUUUCAAAUGACAAGAAUAAAAGAGGAAAUUGCUGAUCUGCGAAAUGGGGUUCUUCAGGAAAUAUCCAAGGAACAAGAAGAAUAUGAGAAGCUUACAUAUCUGGUACAGAAAUGGUUCCCUGAGUUACCACUUCUUUAUCCAGAAGCAGGAAUUCUAAACUAUAUGAACUCUGGCGGACUUCUGACACGCAGCCUGGAGCGAGACCUUUUGGAUGCUGAGCCAAUGAAGGAACUGAGCACGAAGCGACCUUUAGUGUGUUCAGAAAUUCAGGGUCAGAAGGUUCUUUUAAAGGGAUACUCAGUAGAUGUAAGCUCAGAAGCCAAAGUGAUAGAAAGAGUUGCCAAGUAUCACAGAGCUUGGAAUCAGCAGAAGGAGAAAUCUGGAUUAUUACAACUGUUGUUUCUUCUUUUCUGCAAGACUGAUCCUUUGGUAUAUUUAAUGGUCCCAUACUACCCAGGAGCAAGUCUGGGAGCUUUACAGGCUGAUAUACCUUUGACUUUAGAAGAGGCAUUAAAAGUGAUGAAAGGAGUGGCUCAAGGUCUACAAACGUUGCAUGGAGCUAAUAUAGUACACGGAUCUCUGCAUGGAAAUAAUGUGUUUGCUGUGAAUCGAAAACAAGGAAUUGUUGGGGACUUUGAUUUCACGAAAUCAGAGGAACAGCGUGCUGCAGCAAACACUAUGGUUGUCAGUACCCUGAGCUUAGUUUCUCCUGAACUGAAAAUGGGACAGCCAGCUUCUCCAGCCUCUGACAUGUAUGCUUAUGGCUGCCUCCUGUUCUGGCUUUGCGUUCAAAACCAGGAGAUUGGCAUAAAAGAAGAUGGAACACCUGAGGUGGAUGUGGUUGUCAUGGAUGAUAAAGUUAAAUCUCUUCUCCUGAAUUUGUUCUGCUGUAACAGACUGACAGCUGAGCAGGUGCUGAGGGAUGAUUGCUUCCUUGUAGUUGAUGCAAUUCCAGUUUCACCACAACCAGGUGAAGAGCAUGAGCCAUGUGAAGAAUAUGAUUCUGAGAAGAUACAUGAAAACCAAAUGUGAUUAACUGAGGAGAAUGGAACAAACCCUACUCAAUAG